AAUUUCGUCAGUUUUUCAUGUAUAAAAGCUCCAGAAAGCACAAAGAUGUAGCGUCAGUAUAUGAUACGAAGACAAAAUGAAUUAAGUCUCUGAAAUCAAGUGUGAUUGAACAAGAUGCUGGGACUCUCGCUUUUAAAUGUACAGACCGUCUUGGUGGCUGUAGUUGUGGGAUUGUUGGUGUACUACAUCAGAAGACGGACCCUAUACCGUUUACCCCCGGGACCAUGGUGUAUCCCACUCAUCGGUCAUUUUAACGUGUACUCUAAGCCAUUAAUUCAUCGAACUACAUUGGAACUCUCCAAGAAAUAUGGCCCUGUUUUUCGCCUAUCGUUUGGACCUAUUCCUUUUGUGUUUUUAAAUAACUAUGAUGUCGUUAUGGAGGCAAUGGUGAAGAAAAAAGCGGAUUUUGCUGGACGACCAGCCUCAACUACAUUUUCUUUGGUCACCGAGGGGAACAAAGACAUUGCAAUGGCGACAUAUUCACCUAUGUGGAAGUACCAUCGGCGAGUAGCCAUGAAAGCUCUAAGGAAUUACCUUCAAGGCGAUCUCUUAGAGAAACUUACUCAGGACAACAUGACAAAAGUGAUGAACAUGAUGGCGGCGGAGAAGGGACCUUUUGAACCAAUUCCUCACUUGAAUAACAUCGUCUUCUACCAGUUAUAUACACUUUGCUUUGGGGAAAAAAAGGACAUAGGAGAUCCAGAUGUGGAGUUCUUAUUAAAGGAGAAGGAUUUGGUGAACAAAAAUAUUGAAAAUGGUCUCAGGGAGGACAUUUUUCCUUUUCUGAAGGAUGUGUGUCCAUCAAAACGUUACCAAGUUAUAGAGGAAGCUAUGGAAAGAGUACUAACAUUCCUCUAUAAAAACUUAGAAAAACACAAGGAAACAUUUGAUCCUGACAACAUUCGAGACCUGACCGACCAUCUACUCUUGGCAAGGUCUGAGGCAGAACAGGCGGGGAAUGAAGAAUCCAUACAGAAUCUAACAGACACAUACCUAGUUCAAACUGUGUCAGAUAUAUUCUUUGCUGGAGUGGACACUACCAGGCUGACGAUAGAAUGGUUCCUCUGUUUCAUGUCUGCACUUCCGGAAAUUCAGGCCAAAUGUCAUAAAGAAAUCGAGGAAAACAUUGGAAGCCGUUGUCCUACAAUAACAGACAGACAGAUUUUACCGUAUACAGAAGCAUGUAUCUAUGAAACAAUGAGAGCCGGUGUUAUUGCAGGAGUUGGUUUACCCCAUACCACUAUAUGUGAUACCCAAGUUGGUGGGUAUGACAUUCCUAAGGAUACAAUUGUUAUCAUCAAUCAUUAUGCACUUCAUCAGGAUCCAACGUAUUGGAAAAAUCCCGAAAAAUUUGAUCCAAUGCGAUAUUUAAAUGAAAAUGGAAAACUGGAUCCUUCGAAAUUGGAAAGUUGGCUCCCAUUUUCUGCCGGAAGGAGGGUUUGUUUAGGAGAAUCUAUUGCAAAACCAGAAAUUAUGAUGAUGUGUGUGCAUUUAUUGCAACGCUUCAACAUCACGCUUCCAGAGGGCGUGAAACCAAAUUUCAUUGGUGAGCAUCGUGAUGUAUUUGGAACAGAAUCCCCAGCGGACUUAAAGAUAGUCGUGAAAGAAAGAAUGUAAUUGUAUAUUUGAAAUAAUAAUUUUACCCACUUCUUUUGGGAGCGACUGUCAUUAGAGUUUCAAAGGGACAUAGACUUGAUUGAUGUCACUUUGAAUUAUUGUAAUUUACAUGUAUUAUUUCUCCCCAAAAGGUAGGAGAUAUGGUAUAUUUUAAGCAUUUCGUUUUAAGAAUGCAUUUUUGAUUUUGAUUGCGAUAACAAAUGAAAUUUCAUUUUAUGUAUUAAGAAUUGUUUGGUGUUUCAUGUAUGAUUAUGUAUCUAUUAUAUAAAUAAAAACUUUUAGUAACUUUG